UUCACUGUUAUGUUCCCCGAAUCCAGCCAGCAUCCACCGAAAAGAAGAAAAAAAAAACCAGUUCGGCCCAAAUCGAGGUGUGACGAAAGUUCGAAUUUAGUGGAAUUGCCAGUCUAAAACAACCGGCGAAGAAAUCGACCCAAAAGUGCGCCAAAUAGUGUAUCGUCAGUCCAAAAAAAAAAAUAAAGUGCCAAAACAAGAGGGAGAGGGAGCAAAUCAACCGAUCUGGAUUAAUGAAAAGCAGGCGCUGCGACAAGAAAUCGAUCAAAGAAGGCGGCGUAACGAGAAGAGCAGGAAGAAAAUAACGACAAGCGGAUUCCCGAAACGCCGAAGACGAAAAAAAAAGAGCAAGCUGAAAAAAGAGGAAGAAGACGACAAAAUCAUAACAAGGUGUGACAAAAGGAAAAAGUGCUUAAAUAGCGGAGUGCGUAUGUGUGAGUGUUAGUGUGUGUGCCGAGCUAAUCGUCACGAUUGGUCACUUUUAUGAGGAGCAUUAGUAGCGACCCGACUCUUUCUCCUCCGUGGACGUUUGUGGGUGAAAAAACCUCCUGUUUCGAUAUGCUGCACCGACUGUGAUGGACUUGAAAUGAUGAUGGCCCUUGAACGGCAUCCAGCAACUUCAUCUCGAGUGCAGACUUCAACGACCGCGCCGACAACUUGGCUGGAAACUGUGACCAAUCGUUUCUGAACUUGCGAUGCACUUGUAAAGCAGCAUUGUAUUGUUUUGAAGCAGCAGCAGCAGCAGGAGGUGUUGAACAAGCCCCGCGCCACCAUGUUCGACGACAUCAAGAUGUGCCUGCUGGACCUGAUCAAGUCGGGCGCGCCCAAGUCGAAAAAGUCCCUCAAGGACAUCCAGUCGGGCUACUCGGCGGACUUUAUGAAAAAGUACAACGACAUCAACAUCAUCCACUUCAACGAGAACAUGUCGAUGGUGAACAAGCUGGACAACGUGCGCUUCUCCCCGUCCAACUACACGAACCUGUUCAAGACGAACCCGCUGCUGGACGGAAAGCGGACCAAGUCUUUUCGGGAGUGGGGAGUCGAGAGUGCCAGCUUUGAGUUUUCCUCGGACGAUCGGGAGGAGGACCGGGAGGAGGGCGACGACGAGGGCACGCUGACGAUGACGAGCUGCUCGCGGAGUUACUCGGAAAAGUACGCCCUGCUGAGGUCGAUUUCCCAGCAGGGAUGCGGGGAUGAGCUUGAUGACGAUGACGAUGAGGACGAUGACGACGGGAUCAUCAUGAACCACUACAGCUUGGAGGAGUGCCUGGCCGGUGGGUUGGUGUCUCAGCUGGAUUCGUUUUGCACGCUUUGUACCUCGUCGUUCAGCUUCAGCAACUGCAACAACUGCGAGAAGAGUGGCUGCGGGUCCAAGUGUAGCGUCGUCAGCAGUAGUCACGGCGGGGGGAAUGACGAUGACGGUGGUGAAGAGGAAGACGAUGACGAUGAUGAUGACGGUGGAAGUACGGUGAGGGAGAUGAGGAGGACGCCGCCGGAGAGGAGGAGUAGGCUGCUGAUUGGUGGAUGCGUUUGUUUGCGAAGGCAGCAGCAUGGGGAAAAGCUCGCGGUGGAGAGCUUUGCGGGUGGUAUCUUUGGGGGAAAUAUAGGGAGACGUUAA